AUGAGUGCAUCAUGGGCAGAUGUGGCCGAUUCAGAGAAGGCCGGUUCCAGGGCUAAACCUGCUUACGUUCCCCCGCAUCUACGGAACAGGCAAUCAGAGCCUGUUGCUCCUUCGCCAGAUAAUGAUCGUUCAGGGUUUGCUGUUCAACCGUCUGGCUCUCGCUGGGCCCCUGGCGGCGGCGGUGGCGCUGGCUAUAGGACUGAUGUAGGGCGUCCCGGCUAUGGUCAGGGUGGACGAGGAGGAGGAGGAGUUGGUGGUGGCUGGAACAACAGAAGUGGAGGGUGGGACCGUAAGGAACGUGAAGUGAAUCCAUUUGGUGAUGAUGUUGAUGUUGAGCCCGUCUUUACCGAGCAGGAGAACACAGGCAUUAAUUUUGAUGCCUAUGAAGAUAUUCCGAUUGAGACCAGUGGGGGAGACGUGCCUCCUCCUGUCAACACGUUCGCAGACAUUGAUCUUGGGGAGGCUUUGAAUCUGAACAUCCGGAGGUGCAAAUACGUGAAGCCAACACCCGUGCAGCGUCAUGCCAUUCCGAUACUUCUCGCACAGAGGGAUUUGAUGGCCUGUGCCCAGACUGGGUCUGGGAAGACGGCUGCCUUUUGCUUUCCGAUAAUUAGUGGAAUCAUGAGAGACCAGCAGGCACAGAGACCCCGUGGUUCACGUACGGUUUACCCUCUCGCAGUCAUUCUCUCGCCAACAAGGGAGUUGGCAUGCCAGAUACAUGAUGAAGCCAAAAAAUUCUCCUACCAAACUGGUGUGAAGGUUGUUGUUGCUUAUGGAGGAACACCUAUUAACCAGCAGCUCAGGGAACUCGAGAGGGGAGUUGAUAUCCUUGUGGCAACUCCUGGCCGGUUAAAUGAUUUGUUAGAGAGAGCAAGAGUCUCAAUGCAGAUGAUUAAGUUUUUAGCUCUUGAUGAGGCGGACAGGAUGCUGGACAUGGGUUUUGAACCACAAAUUAGAAAGAUUGUUGAACAGAUGGACAUGCCUCCACGUGGGAUGAGACAGACAAUGUUGUUUAGUGCUACAUUUCCAAGAGAGAUCCAGAGACUCGCAGCUGAUUUCCUGUCGAACUAUAUAUUUUUGGCUGUGGGAAGGGUGGGUUCAAGCACUGACUUAAUUGCCCAAAGGGUUGAGUUUGUCCAUGAUUCUGAUAAGAGAAGCCAUCUCAUGGACCUGCUACAUGCGCAGAGAGAGAAUGGCGUCCACGACAAGCAAUCAUUGACAUUGGUUUUUGUGGAGACAAAGAGGGGAGCUGACUCUUUGGAAAAUUGGUUGUGCAUGAAUGAGUUUCCAGCAACCUCCAUUCACGGCGAUAGAACACAACAGGAAAGAGAAGUGGCACUGAAGUCAUUCAAAAGUGGGAGGACACCCAUUUUGGUUGCAACAGACGUGGCAGCACGUGGUCUUGACAUUCCACAUGUGGCUCAUGUAGUGAACUUUGAUCUACCAAAUGACAUCGAUGACUAUGUUCACCGUAUCGGACGAACAGGACGUGCAGGCAAAUCUGGCGUAGCGACCGCCUUCUUCAACGAGAACAAUACAUCAAUGGCUAGGCCUCUCGCUGAGCUGAUGCAAGAAGCCAACCAAGAGGUGCCUGAGUGGCUCACACGAUACGCUUCACGUGCUUCAUUUGGUGGUCCUAAGAAACGCUCCGGUGGUCGGUUUGGUGGCCGUGACUUCAGAAGGGAAGGAGGCUCUUUCAGUAGAGGCGGUGGCAAUGACCACUAUGGUGGAGGAGGGUAUGGUGGCGGUGGGUACGGUGGUGGUUCAAGUGGUGGUUACGGUGGUGGUUCAAGUGGUGGGUACGGUGGUGGUUCAAGUGGUGGGUACGGUGGUGGUCCAAGUGGUGGGUAUGGUGCAGGAGUGACCAGUGCUUGGGAUUAG